AUGCGCGGCUGCAACGGGUCCCGGACGCAUCCGUAUGUGGGGUACCAGGGCGACCUCACCACGAUGGACCACGGGGUGAGCGGCCACAUCAGCAUCCUGGAUGACUGCACCUUCCGGGUGACAGAAUUCAAUUAUGACGGCAAGGCACCCGCCGCUCACUGGUGGGGAGGGAGCCUCGGCCUCGAGCAGGACCAGCUCAGGAAGGGUGUGGAGCUGGACCCUAUGCGCCUGGAGACGCCCCUGCAGAACGCGGAAAUGACGGUGCAGCUCCCUGCAGGAGUCACAUGGAAGAACAUCUCAAUCAUCUCAGUAUGGUGCGAGGAAUUUUUGGCGGACUUUGGGCAUGUCAUACUGGCUCCAGGAAACGUGUCAUCUUUGGCACCUGCAUCGGCGCCGGCAGCGGCGGCUGACGCAGGCAGCUUUGACCACUGCAUCGAUCUGUCGCCAAACUUUUACCAGAUGCAAUGGAAGCUGGACAAUCCCGAUCCAGUAAUGGCAAAGGCGGUGACUGUCUCGUACCGUGCAUUCCUGGAUGCCAACAUGUGGAUGGGCUUUGGCUACAGCAGCGACAACGCAACAGAGGUUCAGAUGAUUGGGAGUGAUGUGGUAAUUGCUGGCAUGGUGGGGGACAAGUGCUUUGCGUACAGCUACUACCUGACUGCCAAGGAACAGUGCAACUACGAAGGAGGCCAGAACGCUGGGGUGUGCCCCGUUUCUGGCCUGCUGGGCAUGCCGCACACAAACACCGGCAACUCCGCACAGCUCGUCAGCUGCAACCGCGGAGCCGGCAACCUCGUCACUGUCACCUUCGCCCGUCCCCUCAAGGCCUCCAACAAGUUUGAGCAUGACUGGCCGGUGGGAGCACCAAAAUAUGCAGUCUGGGGAGUUGGGCCGUUGUCUCAGGGGUCUACUGCCGCGGAACCUGUAGUGCUCUUUCACGCCCCAAGCAACAGGGGCCCCACAUACGCACCGGAUGGUUUCAAGCUGAGCCUGGGCGCUCCAAGCCAGUGCAAGGCGCUGCUCUCUCCUCCGAUAGCAGGCGCGACAGCACCCGCGCCGCAGCCGACCAUGCAGCCGCCAAAGCUGCUCGAUCUCACCAAGACCAACAUGAUCGAAAUCACCACAGGCACCAACAAGAACUACCCAAAUCCGCCGGCCUGGGGACUGAGCCUGCAUGUGUACGGCCUGGAGACACCGGUGGUCAAAGUGGCGCGCGGCACAACAUACACCUUUGUGAUAAAGGCGGGAGAGACGCACCCGAUAUACAUUACGGACAACAUCAACGGCGGCGGAGAGGAGACUGACAUCAUUUACGGCGGCAGCGACUCCGCUGCAGGGACAGUCGCAAAUCCGUUCACCUUCACCUGGACCCCCAACAUGACGACGCCCAGCACGGUGUUCUACCAGUGCUUUGCGCACAGGAAGCUGGGCUGGAUCAUGCAGGUUGUCAAUGCAGAUGGCAGCCCCAACACGGUCCCCAACCCCAACAAGGCUUCUAUCGAGGCCAUUGCAAAGCUGCCUGUGGCACUGACUAACCCCACCACGCUAGCGGCAUCCAUGGGCGGCGCGGCGCCGGCGCCGGCCCCGGCGGCCGGGGAGGGAGGGAACGCGUGCAGAGCAAGGUUCGGCGCUGACGGGGCGGAUGAGCUGUACUCGCACUGCGCCAGGCUGUCGCAGGACAGCGCCGAUGUGCGCCUGAAUUGGCGACUCGACACCCUCGCAGGCAAGAAGCCACUUCCAUGUUUGCCAUGCAGGCGAGACAUGACGGCGUUGCUGCAGUGCGCGAACGGUGACGGCUGGUGCGCGUGGGGCCUCUCGCAAAUGCCGGGACAGAUGAUCGGGACCAGCGCCAUCGUUGUCCGCUCAUGCCCCACCUGCCCGACUGGUGCGACAGCGGAGCAGUAUUACCUGGCGUCCAAGUCAGAGUCAGGGGUGCAUCCUGACCCCAAGGGAGCCCUGCAAGUGCUCAAAUCCGAGGCCACAAAAUUGGCAAAUGGCACCAUUCAGGCGCUGUUCACUCUGCGCUUGCCGGAGGGCGUCAGCGCCAAGAACUACAUCGUCGACUGCAUCGGCGCGAGCGGCCCGCUGUCGGCCAACGGCGGAUUGGCACGGCACGACACGAGCGCGUCUCUGAGCGCGUUAUUGGACCUGGCGGGAGGGAACGCUGCCGUCAGCGCCACCACCUAUGACCCCUUCCCAGUGGUGCAUGGAGUGUUGAUGGUGGUGGCGUGGUGCAUGCUGCUGCCGAUCAGCGUCAUGAUCGCGCGCACCUGCAAGCACGACUGGCCGCCAGCGUGGUUCCACGUGGUUGCAGUGGCGAUGAUUGUUGCCGGUCUGGGCCUGGGCAUAAAGGCAUGGGAUGGAGUGGAGGCAACGCCCCUGUUUGUGGUGCACCUGGCACUCGGAUUCUUGGCUGUAUUUCUGGCAGCGCUUCAAGUCACCGCCCUUGUGUACCGACCGCACCUGGACGCCGAUAUCAGGCGAGCUUCUGAAAAGUCAAAGUUAAAGUGGCUCUGGGCGACCUGCCACAAGUGGACUGGGCGGAAGGCUUUAUUAAUAACCUUUGCUAAUGCCAUAAUCGGCUUCAACCUGCCGGACGUGCAGCUGCCUGCUUACUACUCCUGGGGCCUGGCCAUUAUCUGGGUGGCCAUCUUUUUGUCAGGGGCUGCAAAGGAAGUGUAUGGCAAGCGCUCGCUUAAGAGGAACGCCAAGACCUCGGGAGUGGGCAUUUGA